CUGGUCUCCGGCGGACGCUGGGGGCUGAAAGAAAUUUCUAAUCCGUCACUAUUGUAAUAAUUGUCUAUAAAAAUUAAGGUGCGAAUGACGCUGCGCCUUCAUACGAGGUUAUCAAAUUUACAAAUCACUUUUCAUGAACAUUCAAAGAAAUGAAUGACUCUGAAGAUUUCAAGCAGGACCAGGGCAGAAGCAAAGACCAGAUCGAUGGAACAGGGAUGAGCCUCGGCAGCAGGAAGGGAGUGAGGGUGACUGGGAGGUACGCGCCUCCGCCGGACUGGAGCAGCGGAGCAGGGGGUCCUUCCAUCGUCCACCCCCCCCCCAGUGCCUCCGUGUCCUCAGACCCCCCCACUGUGAUCUCCAUCGGCCUGCUGCCUCACCGGCCCCCAGAGCCGGUGGGCGGCCCCAUGGAGGAGCCUUCUGUGGGGGAGGACUGGCCUGGGGAGGCACCAUCUGAGGCCAGGGUGUCCUACUGCAAGAGGGCCGUCCCCCGGCAGAGCAUGGAGGAGCUCAAGAGCAUCCUGAGGGAAAGUCCUCUGCUCAGCAUCCGGGGGAGAGAGGAGGGGAAGCCGGGAAGCCCGUAUACGUACCUGCACGCGGGCGGCGGAGGGGGAGAACCCAGUGAAAGGCAGAAUGAUGGAAGCUCCCACAGGCUGUUCAGCACCUUCAAACCCGUCUGUGAUGCUUCCAGAAGAGGGGCCAGGUCUAUUCAGCUGCCCUCCGGCAUGGAUCCAUCCAGCUCAUGCAGGGCUGAUGCAAACACAGAUAGGCAGCCUGGAGGCAGGGCGAACCCGAGUGAAAGCCACGGCUCCUGGGGACAGACUGCAGCUCCUCACACAGAUAACGAGACUGACUCAACUGAGACUUCUGGGAAUCUGAGGUUCUUUGCAUCCAUGGAGCAGAUCAAGCAGCAGAUCGCCAGAGAAAAUAUCACCUUUGUUCGCUUCGAGGCCAUCGACCUCCAUGGGGUGUCCAGGUCUAAGACAGUGCCUGUCCGCUUCUUCCAUGAGAAGGCGGUGUAUGGGGUCCCAAUGCCUAGAAGCUACCUGGAGCUGACGCUGAGCCCCAAGAGCAACGAAGUGGACCACGUCAGCACGGCCAACUUCAGCAGCGACGUCCUUCUGAUCCCCGACCUGUCCACCUUCAAGGUGCUGCCCUGGGCCGAGCAAACGGCGCGAGUCAUCUGCGACCCCUGCACGGUGACAGGAAGCCCCCUUCGCACGUCGCCCCGCCUCAUCGCCAAGCAGCUGCUGGGCCAGCUCCACAGCCUGGGCUUCUCCCUGCACUCGUCCUUCACCUACGAGUGCUGCGUCCUCGGAGCGCCGGACCGCAUCGGCCCCAAGACGCUGCUGUUCCCGGCGACCACCCUCCUGAGCAACCACGACCUGCCUUUCUUCCAGCAGCUGGUGGACAACAUGUACUGCAUGGGCGCAGAUGUAGACAGCAUCGCCUCAGCCAGCGGGCCCGGCCAGAUGGAGAUCAACCUCAGGCCCGAGUUCGGGAUCGCGGCUGCCGACAGCGCCUUCACCUUCCGCACCGGCAUCAAAGAAAUGGCGCGUAAACACAGCUACAUCGCCAGCUUCUUUACCGACGACGGCCUGUACAACGCCGGGGUGCUGUCCCACAGCCUGUGGGACGCUAGCGGCCGCCGCAGCCUCUUCCACAGCGGCGAGAAGGCGGCGGAGCUGUCGGACAUCGGCAGGAGAUGGCUGGCCGGCCUCCUCACCCACGCCGCCGCUCUGAGCUGCCUGAUGUCGCCCGGCCUCGGCUGCCGCAGCCACAUCGCCAAGGCCGCCAAGGACCCCAAACGGCUGCUGUACGCCACCUGCGGCAGCAACGACAACAGCAGCUCCUUCAACAUCAAGUGCCACGGCGGCCGGGAGGCGCACAUCGACAACAAGCUGGGCUCGGCCAUGGCCAACCCCUACGUGGUGCUGGCCGCCACCGUGGCCGCGGGCCUGGACGGCAUCAGACGCGGCCUGAGCGCUGAGGGCGCGCUCAGCAAGGCCCCCGGGCAGCAGAAGGACUUCUCCAUCCCUGUGAAGCUGGACGACGCGCUGGAGGCGCUCGGCGAGGAUCACGUCAUGUGCAGCUCCCUGGGAGAGCCCUUCGUUCAGUAUUUCAUCGCCAUGAAGAAGUUUGAGAUUGAAACCCAAGAACUGGACGAUGAGAGAAACAAGUGUUUGGAGUAUUUCAUCUAGAAAUGACGCACACUCAAUAAAAACAGACAUUUUACAUCUUA